AUGUCAGACUCUGAAGAAGAAGUCAUCUAUAAUCCCUAUGAGGCAUUUGUAAAUGUUGGCCGACAUUUGCUCUUUAGAAAGGAAUAUUCAAGAGCACUCCAUUACCUAGACAAAGCCCAGAGCUUCGAGCCCAAACGCGUCACUUGUAUGUUGAUGCGCUCCACUUGCCACCUCUACCUCACUAACAACGACGAAGCCAUAGCCAUCGCUAAGGUGGCUCAUGAAAUCAGCAAAAGGAACCCUCACGCGAUUCUCCUGAUAGCCGAAGGUUACUAUCGGAAGGGGGAAUUUGAAAUGGCGCUUAAAUUCUUCACCAACGGCAAACGCGUGAGACCCUCCAUAAAAGCCUUCAGCACCGGGAUCUGUAAAUGCGAACAGGCAAUUAAGAAUAACUGUGGAAGUGAACUCGAUCCCAAACUGGGGCCUGAAAUGGACCUCACGGAUUACUACAUCCACGCCUUCCCGGUGAGUUGGGCUUUGUCUAAAAACAGCAUUUUAACUGCUCUUGCUAGAUGUGGUCAAAUUCGUUGCUACGUCUUCCCUAAUGCCUAUUUUCUUGGACAGCCCAAGCAUCCACCGAGCAACGUUCGACCCGCACCGGCGAAAGGAAGUGCUGACGCCGGAAAGAAGAAGCCGGAGAAGUGGCCAGAGAUGAUGUCUCCAGAUAUCUUGAACGCUCUCUUUGGGAAGAACUACACAGAGUACGCUUUCACUCGUGAUAUCUACCGCAUAGAAGGUAAGAAAAAUCUUAAUUCGGUUAGAUCCUUGUAA